UGUUAUGUUUAGGAAGUUAUGAACACUUGAGACAUACUCAAAGCUAUGUAAACAUCCCUAAUUAACUUCAUGAAAUCAACUAUAUGUUUAAUUUAAACUGAAGAUAAAUUUGUAGAAACAAGAAUUAACUGCUUCAGGAAUAUCGAAGAUGACAGAAAACGAAGACGCUACUUAUUUGGGCCUAGACUUCAGCACUCAACAGUUAAAAGGAGUGAUUGUAAACAAAAACCUUGAAGUGAUUCAUGAGACAAAUGUUCAGUUCGACAGUGUUUUGCCGGAGUUCAGGACUCACAGUGGAGUUGUCAGACAGGACAAGAAGACUGUUACUGCCCCAGUCCUCAUGUGGGUUAAGGCUCUUGACUUGCUUCUGGACCAGCUCAAAGUUUGUGGAGCCGACUUCUCCCAAAUAGCAGCCCUCUCUGGCUCAGCUCAGCAACAUGGGACUGUCUACUGGCAGGUGGGAGCUGAAGAAACACUCAAGACUUUGGACCCUGACAGCUUCCUACAUACUCAGCUAGCUUCAGCCUUCUCUGUGACCAGCUCUCCUGUAUGGAUGGACUCUAGCACUUCCCUGCAGUGUCGCCAAUUAGAGGAACAUGUCGGUGGAGCUCAGAAAUUGGCUGAAAUAAGUGGGUCCAGGGCCUAUGAACGAUUCUCCGCUGCUCAGAUCAUGAAAAUCGCCCAAUCCAAGCCUUCUACUUAUGCAAAUACCGAGAGGAUAUCUCUAGUCAGCAGUUUUGCCUGUUCACUGUUCCUCGGUCGAUACGCUCCAAUAGACUUGUCAGAUGGUUCUGGAAUGAAUCUAUUGGAUAUCCAUAGCAAAAGUUGGUCACAAGAUUGUCUGAAGGCUUGUGCUGAGGACCUAGCCUCCAGGCUGGGAGAGCCAGUACCCUCUCACUCUGACCUGGGCUGUGUCAGUGACUACAUGGUGGAGAGGCACAGUUUCAACCCUUCCUGUAGAGUCAUAGCAUUCACUGGUGACAACCCCUCAUCAUUAGCAGGCAUGACUCUGAGACCAGGAGAUGUCGCUGUCAGUUUGGGUACUUCGGAUACUCUUUUUCUACCUCUUACACAACCACCCACCCUGCCUGAAGGACAUGUUCUCAUUAACCCUGUUGAUAGUGACGCAUAUAUGGCUUUGCUGUGUUUCAAGAACGGCUCACUCACAAGAGAAAGGAUCAGAAAUUUUGUUGCUGAAAAGUCAUGGGAAAGAUUUAGCAGUCUUCUGAACAGCACACCUAGGGGCAAUUUUGGAAACUUUGGAUUGUACUAUGAUGCCCAAGAAAUCAUCCCGUUUGUUCAGGGUGACUUCAGAUGGGACAAAAGUAACUCCAGCGUGACCAAGUUCACUCCAGAGACUGAGGUUCGAGCUUUGCUAGAAGGACAGUUUAUUGCCAAACGUGCACAUGCAGAGGACCUUGGAUUCAUAGUGGGAAAAGAUUCAAGGAUAUUAGCUACAGGGGGUGGCUCUGCUAAUAAAGAAGUUCUACAGGUUUUGGCUGAUUGCUUCAACACCAAUGUUUACACAAUGACUCCUAGAUACUCUCCAAUAAAGGAUAAGUCGGUGUCUCAGUCAUUAGGGCGAUGA